AUGCCCGAAGAAGAUAAAAAGCUAUCUAACAUCCGUAAUAUCGGUAUCAUGGCCCACAUUGAUGCUGGAAAAACUACUACUACUGAGCGUAUACUUUACCAUAGUGGAAAAAUUCAUAAAAUUGGGGAGGUUCACGACAAGAAAGGCAAGGGAGCGACGAUGGACUUCAUGGACCAAGAACGAGAAAGAGGAAUUACUAUCCAGUCCGCGGCUACUACUGUUUAUUGGCAAGAACACCAGAUAAAUAUUAUUGAUACUCCGGGCCACGUGGAUUUCACGGCCGAAGUGGAAAGGUCUUUGCGGGUUCUUGACGGCGGAAUAGUAGUUUUAGACGGAAAAAAAGGAGUUGAAGCCCAAACUGAGACGGUUUGA